AUGGAGCGCGAAAUGCGCUUGAAGGCGUUCAUGGAAGAAUAUGCGAGGAUCGUUCAGCUUUUCGACGAUAUCGUCUCGAUGAAGGUAGGAAAAUUUCUUUAGAGUUCAGUAUUCCGAUCGAAAACUUUCAAUUUGGCAUCACUGUCAAAAACGGCUGCAAAAUGGCCGCUAAAAGGGUUCUGUUUUGCGGCCUUUAUCGAGCCUUUUUUCUUGGUGGGCUCAAAAGCCUCAAAAAAGUCUCGGCCAUGAUUUCCGAUUGUAUUACUGUAGCACAUUUUGGUCUAUACAGUCACUGGUGAAGAUUAUUCUCAACAAAAGGGCCCAAAAAGGGUGAAUAAAGGCCGAUGGAAGGACGGAAAAAGGCAGUAAAAAGGAAACUGUUGCCACCCGUUUAGGAAAAUUUUUUUUUUUUUCGAGCAUUUACGGACCCUCAAAGGGCCCGUAAAGGGUCCUACCGAUUUUGCCUCUGAUAUUUUUAAGCUUCUUGGCGUUUUUUGGAAUCUAGACUUCUUCAGCUUAAUUUUUUUUUUCUAUUAUUAAUAUUUUUUUCAGGAUUCAAUGGGUCGCCUGGAGAAGUACAUGAUAAUCAUGGUCGUCCAGAUGCUCGUCGCACUUUUGGUUCGAUUUUAAUGAUUCAAAUUUAGUUUAUAGGCAUCGAAAUUGGUUCAUAAAAGGCAGAAACUGAAGGAAAAUUGAAUUUCGUGAAAAAUAGCCUCUUCAUGUAGAAUCAGAGAGUUCUACGGCAAAAAAGAGAACUGGUGACUUUUUUCAACUUUCUGAGCACCUUUUCAGUCAAAAAUCCAUGGCCAAAUAGUCGUUAAUAGGAGAAAGUCAGGAAUUAUCGAUGGAGCGCAAAAGCUCUCAAAACUCUUUUUUCAGUAUUCUUUUUUUUCUAACACCUUUCAUGGCGGUUUCCCUCUUCAAGUAUCUGUACUAUAACGAAAAAAAAAUGAAUUAUUAAUGGAGCGCAAAAAUCAACUUUAUCGCGGCUAUUUUUUCACAGCAAUCUUGCACCUACUCUCCCUUACCAAAAAAUCAAAAAAAAAGGUUUUUUUUGCUCAUAUUAUACCUGACCUGAACCAGAGGACAAACGUAGUAAAGCGUUGGCCACAAUGAAAAAGGGGGGCAGGGAUUGAAUUAGAAAAUCAGCCAAGCCGAACGCGUUUCUUUGCUGCUCGGCCGCACGCCAAAAAUGCCCAGCUUAAUGGUCCGAGAGCCGAUUUUGCACUCCUAAUGGUGGGCUCUCCAUUCUCCGUAUUGGAAUUCAAAAGAAAACAAUUCUUUUUUUCUUUUAAAAAUGGCCUGAAAUAGAAAAAAACACUGAAAUUCGGUUAUAGUUGAUUUGAUUCAUUUUCUGAGUAUUGAGUGAAAGAUGACGUCAUCAUUCUUAUAGUAAAUUUUUUUUUGAAUCUAGUUUGAUCCACGAUAUUUGUUAUCAUAUAGAUAAAGUCAUUCUGAAAGUUAACGAGAUAGUGUGGAAAAUACGGAGAUUUAGAUAUUUCUACAGCAGUCCCGCUUUGACCUUUUUGCCGUUACAGGGAAUUUUUGAGAACAAAAGUAAAAUUAGGAAUUCCGGAGGGGUCCCUUAAGGGGCCUAAAAAGUGAUCCCUAUAGGGAUAAAAUUAAGGUGGUCCCUAGAGGGGUUCGGAGUCUGACCCCUUAGCUCCUAAAGCUGUAGUGGGCCCUAUAGGGGUUUUUCAAUUCCAUUCAAAAACAUUCAGUUUUUCACAUGAAAAUGCGUCACAAAUCAUCGACUGGAAUGUCCUUUAUACGGGCCACUUUGGCAAGCUUUGGUGGCCCCUAUAGGGGCUGGUAAAGUGGUCCCUCCAAGGGCCCCUAAGGUUGCUCCUGUAGGGAAUACUCUGGAAUUGCUAAGAAAGUCAGCCUCACUUUUUUUUUUCCACUUCUCCAUCUUUUUUUGAACCCGAGCCAAAAACCCCAGCAGGUGUGUAUAUUUUCAAACCGCAAAUUUUCACACAACACGAUGAUUCUCACGCCCUGAAAGAAAGAGGAGAGAAAAAAGUGAUGAUUAGGCGGCGACUCAAACGGCCAAGUCAUCAUCUCGAGACGUCGAAAAGUGACACGUCGAUAAAUCAUCCGCCAUUUGGGCUCCCUCUCCUACAGCUCCAUCACUUCUUGUCAUUGGGGACAAGGUACUAGGGGGGCAGGGGGGCUUCUUGGGCGGUAGAUUGAUAUAAAUUGGAGAAAUUUUGAUGAGAGAUCUAUUUUGGCGGAAAAAUCUAAAAUUAAAGCUUUAAACUAUUAUAAUAAAUUUUUCGCAGAAAAACUGGAAGUUAGAAGGCCAAAAAUGCGGCUAUUUGGAAUGGCUGAGAGGUUGCACCCGGCCUGAAACGGCUUCAAAAAAAAAAGUCCGGGAAUUCUGAAAGUAAUCUUCAAACGCGUAAUUUAGCCGCAACUCGUUGAGCCAUUCUACAUGCGACCACAUUUUUCCAAAAAUGACGUCAUUUUUAUUCGAAAAACUCAAUUUUUCCCAAAAGCGUGCCUUUUCUAACCAGGAAACGUCAAAAACGGCUUCUCCUCUACAAAUAUUUUACUCUAAUCCUGGCUUAUUUCUCAAGUAUUUUUCAGCUUCUGCUCCAGUGCGGUAAUAAAUCAUAAAACUUUUGCUUUUUCUCCCCGUUUUCUAAGAACCGCACUGAAAUAAUUGCGGGUUUUUUUUUUCUCCCGCAAAGGCCACCAAUUAUUUACAAGUUUGAUUGGGGUGUGUUUUGAGAAAAUUGAUUAUAGUGUACCUUUUUUUCCUGGAAUAUCACCUUUUUGGAAAAAUAAACUUUUUGUUCAAACUUGAAAGUCUUGAAAUAUAAAAAAAGCUGAAAGUCUGGUUGGCCCAGUUUUUUGGUCUGCUUAACUUUUACCUAGAUUUUGGUCUGCUUAACUUUUCCCUAAACUUUUUGGUCUGCUUAACUUUGCCCUAAAUAAAUCCCCUUUGGUCUGCUUAACUUACCCUAGAUUUUGGUCUGCUUCUUUUCCCUAAACUUUUUGUUCUGCUUAACUUUUCCCUAAACUUUUUGGUCUGCUUAACUUUUCCCUAUAUUUCGGUCUGCUUAACUUUUCCCUAGAUUUUGGUCUGCUUAACUUUUCCCUAAACUUUUUGGUCUGCUUAACUUUUCCCUAGAUUUUGGUCUGCUUAACUUUUCCCCAAACUUUUUGGUCUGCUUAACUUUUCCCUAAACUUGUUUUGGUCUGCUUAACUUUUUCCCUAAACUUUUUGGUCUGCUUAACUUUUACCUAGGUUUUUGGUCUGCUUAACUUUUCCCUAAACUUUUUGGUCUGCUUAACUUUUCCCUAGAUUUUGGUCUGCUUAACUUUUCCCUAGAUUUUGGUCUGCUUAACUUUUACCUAGAUUUUGGUCUGCUUAACUUUUCCCUAGAUUUUGGUCUGCUUAACUUUUCCCCAAACUUUUUGGUCUGCUUAACUUUUUUCUAAAUCUGUUUUGGUCUGCUUCUUUUCCCUAAACUUUUUGUUCUGCUUAACUUUUCCCUAAACUUUUUGGUCUGCUUAACUUUUCCCUAUAUUUCGGUCUGCUUAACUUUUCCCUAGAUUUUGGUCUGCUUAACUUUUCCCUAAACUUUUUGGUCUGCUUAACUUUUCCCUAGAUUUUGGUCUGCUUAACUUUUCCCCAAACUUUUUGGUCUGCUUAACUUUUCCCUAAACUUGUUUUGGUCUGCUUAACUUUUCCCUAAACUUUUUGGUCUGCUUAACUUUUACCUAGGUUUUGGUCUGCUUAACUUUUCCCUAAACUUUUUGGUCUGCUUAACUUUUCCCUAGAUUUUGGUCUGCUUAACUUUUCCCUAGAUUUUGGUCUGCUUAACUUUUACCUAGAUUUUGGUCUGCUUAACUUUUCCCUAGAUUUUGGUCUGCUUAACUUUUCCCCAAACUUUUUGGUCUGCUUAACUUUUUUCUAAAUCUGUUUUGGUCUGCUUAACUUUUCCCUAAACUUUUUGGUCUGCUUAACAUUUCCCUAAAUCUGUUUUGGUCUGCUUAACUUUUCCCUAAACUUUUUGGUCUGCUUAACAUUUCCCUAAACUUUUUGGUCUGCUUAACUUUUACCUAGAUUUUGGUCUGCUUAACUUUUCCCUAAACUUUUUGGUCUGCUUAACUUUUCCCUAAACUUUUUUUGGUCUGCUUAACUUUUCCCUAAACUUUUUGGUCUGCUUAACUUUUCCCUAAACUUUUUGGUCUGCUUAACUUUUCCCUAGAUUUUGGUCUGCUUAACUUUUCCCCAGAUUUUGGUCUGCUUAACUUUUCCCUAGAUUUUGGUCUGCUUAACUAUUCCCUACAUAUAAAUUUAAAAGAAAAAAUACGUCACCUUUACUUUUAGUAUAUGUCGUACUUUCAUUCCGUAAACUAAUAUCAAAAGCAGCGGUCAGUCGAGAAAGCCAAAAAGCUAAUUAAUCUGGAAAGCGGCGCCAAGUUCAGGCGAUUAGGCCACGCCUCCUUUUUUCAUUACUCCAAAUGGACCAAACGUGUUGGUCAAGAGAUCGAAAAUUGGGGAGAUUUGUGUAUACGUAGUAAGAUGAAAGUAUUUCAUUCGGGGAAAAAGGUCAAAUUUCUCUGUUUCUCAUCAGAAUUUCCCAUCAGAUUCCAUCAAUUCAGAAAAAAACGACCCCAAUUACAGCCGAGCACGCAAGCCGAGAACUGCUAAUUCCUCAUUUUUCUUCUUCAUCAAGCCUGAAUAAUUAAACUGAGCAUUUUUUUUCUGCAGGGAGGAAUGAUGUUCAUGUGCGUGCGGUUUUUUCAAUCAUCGAGACAACGGGGGGAAUACGAGCUUGAGCACCGGUUUGAGCGGGAGCCGCCGGCGCUCGGGCACUCGGGUCAGUCGGCAGCCAAGAUGGUACCCAAGCACCCCAUUGCUUGAGCUGGACGAGGUUGGUUGGAUUGGAAUGCGUUGAAUUUGAAUCGGAAAAGCGGGUCUUCCUGCACAUCAAACUUUUCUUGUAGUUUUAUUUUGGUGACCUUACCUUAGUAGAAGAAGUUUGAGACUGCCAAAUUUCGACUCGAGCUGUCCAAAAAGUUUGGGACUGCCAAAUUUCGACUCAAGCUGUCCAAAAUGUUUGGGACUGCCAAAUUUCGACUCAAGUUGUCCAAAAAGUUUGGGACUGCCAAAUUUCGACUCGAGCUGUUCAAAAUGUUUGGGACUGCCGAAUUUCGACUCGAGCUGUCCAAAAUGUUUGGGACUGCCAAAUUUCGACGAGAGCUGUUCAAAAAGUUUGGGACUGCCAAUUUGUACCAAACGACCAAAUUCUUAAGCAGACCAAAAAGUGACGUCACUUUAAUGAAAAAAAAUCGAUUUGUCAACAAACUUUCAUGAAAAUCGAAUUUUUUGAUCGAAAGCUCAAAAAAGUUAUUUUUCACACCGUAAAUUUUUUCAAGCCUUGAUAUUUUUGAGCUGAAGCCAUAUGACGUCACUAAUCAAUCUUAUGACGUCAUCAACUGAUUUUUUCAGCCAAGUCGCCCGAGCUCCCCAACUUCCCUACAGUGUCCGGCUUCCAUGCCAUCCUUGGUUUCGGGACCAUCCACUUACCUGCAUUUCUCCUUACCUGCUUCGCACGAAGCUUCCGAAGAGGCUACUCUAG